ACGAAGGCGAAAGAAACUGUCUUCGGGUAUAUUUACAAAAUGGCUUCUACCGAAAAAGUAACACCUGAACGUGUUAAGAGACUUUUAUCGUCAUUUCUAGUCACAGUGUCUACCGAAUACGACGGUGAAAGGAACUCUGGGACUUCUGAAAGGAAUGGAUGUGGUGAAGUAUCUCCCAACAGAAGUAAUGGACAAGAGCAGACGGACAAAAAUGAUGUACAGAAAGGUCCACAUCCUCGGAGCAGGGAAGCUUACUUCCAAAGAGUCAACACAUUCACAACAUUCAAUUGGUUUGCUAAACCAGUAGAUUUGUCUCCCCUUGUUUGUGCACGGUAUGGCUGGCAGGUGAUCGAGUCUGACAUGCUGGGGUGUGUUGGCUGUAAAGCCAAGCUUAGUGGACAGCUACCCAAAACAAGAGACCAAAAAAUAUAUCCAGAUUGCUGCAAGAAACUAAAGCAUGGUCUCACUUGGUCUCACAAGAAGUCCUGUUCUUGGUCAUCAAAUCCUAGUCCAGAGUCAUUUGCUGUGAUUCCACUUUACAAUAUAAAAGAGAUCAAGCAUAACUUUGACACAAGACUGAAGAUUCUACAGGCCUGUAGUUCAAAGCUUCCUGUGGUGUCUGAUCAGUCGAUAGUGAAGCAGGGACUGGAUAAGGACAUAAUCGAAGACAUUGUUCAGUAUUUUCUCCAUGAUCGGGACCAGCCUAUAACAGAGAAUUCAAAGGCAGCUUUUCUACUUGCUCUCUGUGGUUGGAAUUUAAGUGAUACAGGCAGCGUGCUGGAGUGUAACUUCUGUCAGCGAACAAUAGGAUUGUGGAAUUACAAAUCCUCCAGUGGCUCUCAAAGUUCAGAGAAUGAACAGAAGGAAUCUGGAGAUCAUCAUGUAGCGAAGAAAUUUAAAAUUUCUGAAAAGGAUAGCUUUGAUCCUAUAGCGGAGCACAGGUAUUGGUGUUCAUGGCUAGUAGAUCUGACAGUCCCCCCAGGAGGAUCCCAAGGGAACCAGUGCACCUCCCCAAUGUCUAGUCCCUCCACUCCAAGGAACAGCAGCCUUAACAGUAGUUUUGGUGAGGGGUCUCCCGGGACCAGUCACCUGGAUCUGAGCACUAGGCCAUGGUUCUCUAUGCUGAAAAUAGUCUGUCCUGGCAAGUUGAUGGACUCGGAACCUACAAUGACUGAUCGCUUUCAACAGAAUACCCCUACUGCUGGUCUGCGACAGCUGCGGAGACUGGUGAGAGGAUGGUCAUCUGCCUACGUAUCCACACCAGAUAAACAAUCAUGACAGCAGUAUAUCCUCCGUGUGCUGGAAUGUCACUGACAAAUCUCACUGAUACACUGUUGGUGAAGCAAGUUGUGCUGGGUUUCUCACUGAAACAACUGAAGGCAGAGUUUUCCAUUGUAACAUCAAGCAAUCCCAGAUGACAUCACUUUUGCUCGUUUUCCUUGUUGUGAUUAUGUUAUUAGCAGAAACAGUGAAACUCUUUCAAACUUCCAUCUAUAUCUGACUUACCACACAUGCUGUACCAGGUUGUUUCUGUGAUUCUAUGAUUGUGAAACAGGAUGAUGUUGAAUGAUAAACAUAGACAUGAAUAAACAGUUUACUGAGGACAAAUAUUUAUAUGUAUUAAAAGUGGGACACUGUUGAUAAUGUGAGGGACAUAUAUAGACUGGGUUACUGUUGAUAACAUACAUUUGUCUACAGUUUGACUGUGCUGAUGUUUGUGCGGAAUAGAAGUAUUUGGAAGUGAGGGUGAUUUGCAGACAUCAUCAAAUGACCAGUGCCAUAGAAAGUCAAGGUUAUAUUUUGACUAUCAUAUCAUCAUAUUGUAGACUGUCGCUGUUCGUUUUUUAAGAAAAUGUACCUACAGUAAGACACUAAGACAGUGUACCAUGUUACUUGUCCUACAGUAAGACACUAAGACAGUGUACCAUGUUACUAGUCCUACAGUAAGACACUAAGACAAUAUACCAUGUUACUUGUCCUACAGUAAGACACUAGGACAGUGUACCAUGUU